CGCGCUGGCUGGUGGAGGUCCGGCGGGACGUUUCCACCAGACACCACCGGUGCGCCCGGGCCCGUGCGAACGCCGGAGAAUGGGACCCAAGGACCUUGCGACCCCGCGAGGCUGCACCCUCAGCAAGCCUGACUGCAACCGAGCUGCGGCGACGUUCAGUCCGCCGCCCCGGGACCCGACCUGGACCCUCGCCCAGACCCUCACCCCGACCCGGAUCCGGACCCCGACCCCGAACCGGAGCCGGACCCGGAACCGGACCCGAAGCCAGACCCGGACCCUGACCCAGACCCGGACCCUCACCCCGACCCGGACCCCAACCCGAACCCAAAUCCUGACCCCGAUACGGACCCCGACGCCCACCCAGACCCCGACCCGGACCCGGAACCGUGAACCCUGUCUGGACCCCGACUUUGAUCCCCGCAGGUGCGGCCUGAAACGUGGACUUUCUGAGCUCCUUUGGAGAGGGCGCGACUCUGAACGUUGCCUGAGGCUGACCUGGAGAAGCCUGGAGGACCGGCCAAAGCACCGAGAGGCAGACACCCAGGGCGGAUGGAGGGCUCCUGGUCCUGAGACCCCAUGUGCGGCUGGCGGAAGUGGCCCUGGGACGGCGAGAUGCCCUCGGAGCGCAGGGACGUCCUGGUGCUACUCCCCACGCGGGAACGGCUGCGGCUGGCUGUGGGGGUGCAGGCUGCCGGGCACGAGCUCUUCCAGCAGGUGUGCGACCUGGCCGGCAUCAGAGAAGCCCACUUCUUUGGCCUCAGUGUGAUAAGAAACAGCGAGCACGUCUUCAUGGAUCUGGAGCAGAAGCUCAGCAAAUACUUCUCAAAGGACUGGAAGAGAGAAAGGCAUAGACCCCAGGGAAGCGGCAGGCCCGGGGCCCCCUUCGUGGCCUUCCUCAGGGUGCAGUACUACGUGGAAAACGGAAGGCUUAUCAGCGACAGGACGGCCAGGCACCUGUACUACUGCCACCUGAAGGAGCGGGUGCUGCGGUCCCAGUGCGCCCACCGGGAGGAGGCCUACUUUCUGCUGGCUGCCUACGGGCUGCAGGCCGACCUGGGCAAUUACCGCGAGCCAGCACACUCGGGCCGCUACUUUGAGCCGCAGGCCUACUUCCCGCAGUGGAUCAUCACCAAGAGGGGCAGCGCCUACAUCCUCAGGCACGCGCCCACCCUGCACCGUGAGCAGGGGGGCCUGAGCCCCAAGGAGGCCGUGCUGCGCUUCAUCCGGGAGGCCUGCCGGCUGGAGGACGUGCCCGUCCAUUUCUUCAGGCUGUACAAGGAUAAGAAGGAGGACCGACCUACCAUUGUCCUGGGACUGACCCUCAGAGGGGUGCAGGUCUAUCAGGAGGUGAACCGCGCUGCACAGCUGCUCUACGACUUCCCCUGGCGCCACAUCGGGAAGCUGGCCUUUCUGGGCAAGAGGUUUGAGCUCUGGCUGGACGGGCUGCCCGCGGCCCGGAAGCUGGUGUACCGCACGGGCUGUUCCUGGCGCUCCCGCCACCUGCUGCACCUGCUCAGUAGCAGCCACCAGCUGCACCUGACCCUGCAGCCCGCGCUGCAGCGGCUGCGGCAGCUGGAGGAGGCCCAAGAGAAGAAGUGCUACCGGGAGUCCUGCGUCAGCGACGUGCUAGAGCUGGACCUGGACCUGGACCUGGCCAGCAGGGCGUCCCCCGGCUCCCCUGGCAGCGGGGACAAUAGGGACGGAGGCUGGCGUCCCCCGCACCGCCUCUCGCUCCUGUCGUCUGGCAGCCACUGCAGCUCCUGCUCGUCGGGCAUCGAGGCCGACUCCCAGCUGGCGGAGCCCGUGGAGCCCGGGGAGAUGUCGGUGGAUGAGCCCGUCGUCGGGGCUGCCGCGUUCCACGGGGAGGAGCCGCCCAGCAGCUCCAGGACCAGCCAGAGCAGCCGUGGCACAGUUGGUGGUGGCAGAGGUGGGCCUGAGGGCGACACCCGGGACCAGGGGGAAGCCUCUCCCCAGCAGCCCUUGGCCGCGGUGCGGGUCACACUGGUGAGCACGACGGGCCCGAGCGCUGAGGCCCUGCACCAGGUGCCGGAGGCCCGGGCGGCAGCCGACCCCGCGGCCCCGCGCAACCGCAGCGUGGACGACGCGCGCCCCGCCCCGCGUCCCGCCCCGCGCCGCGCCCCGCGCCCCGCCCCGCGCAGCUGCCCCCUCCGCCGCGCGCUGGACCCCGGGCCGAGGAGGUCCGUGAACUCCCGCUCCCUGGACCUGCUCGGAGAAGACCACCACCCUGAGGAGUUUGUGGUGUAGACGCCUCGGGGCUCCGCUUCACCCCCGCAGGGCCCCGUCCGCGCCGCACGGCUCCGCCCACUUGGGACUCUGUCCCUGCAGCGCCGCUCCAUCCACGCGGGGCUCCGUCCAUCUCUCCAUCCACGUCUCGCCGGCCCUCUCUGCCCUGGAGGCUCCCACCUACCACCGCCAGGCUGAACGGGGCCUCUGGCACCGCCCCUUUUACCUGGCGGCUUUGCACCUUCACCUGUCUGAGGGGUGGAGCCAGCUCUGUCAGGCCUGGAGGUGCCGACGAGGUCUCACUUUCCCUGCUGCUCGGACUAUGGCCGGUCCGAGCAUCUUCCGAGGUCCGCGGCUCCAGUCUCUGCGCAGUGGCGCGUGGGCCGCGCUGCCUCUAACGCUCGAGGGAAGGUGUCUCAGCUCAGGGGUCCCCAACCGCCUGGCCGCGGCCUGUUUGGGGCCGGGCCGCACAGCAUGCCCUCCGGAGCUCGCAUUACCGCCUGAACCAUCAUUCCCCCCACCCGCCACCCUGCCUGUGGAAAGAUUGUCUUCCACCAAACCGGUCCCUCAUGCCAAAAAGUUUGGGGACCAAUGUCCUAGCUGCUCUCGGACAUUGGAGAGACCUCUGGGGUUCCCCUGCCACCAACUCCUCGAUAGAUGGUGAGACCAAGAACAGCAAGCUUCCCGGGAGUCCUUGAGCUCACGGUCACCGUCGUUGUCACUGCACUGGCCACAGGUUCCCCAGACCACCCUCUCUGCAGCCCCUGCUGUUCACAGCCCUGGGCCCACUGGACAGAGGUGCCUCUGUGAGCCGUGGGCCCAGCUGCGUCACCCCAGACCCUCAGCAGAGCCCACCUUGUCCGCCGUGUGUACACAGAGGCACCGGGCCUGAAACCGCACAGCCACGUGGACACUGGUCCUGUGGAGCUGGUGGCAGGAAGUGGGAGGGGCAGGCUAAGGAGGAAGCCGUGAUCUACUCUCACUCACAGAAGGAAGGCUCCAGAAGAAAGCCCGCCAGCGCAGAGCCUGAAUUUUCUCCUUCCCAUCACAAGUCAGGCUCUGAAGGUGGUCCUUCCCUACCUCCUGCCCCAGUAUCCACCCAGCCCGGAGGGCGUCUGGGCACCAGGGAGCCGUGGCAUCUAGUCAGCACUGGUCACCCCCCGCCCACCGGCCAUUCAUUGCCCCUUCCCCUCCCCGAGUCAGAAGACUGGAUGGGAGGUGGGGACAGGGAUGGGUCCGGACCGCCAACACCCCUCGUCUGGGGCAGGAGACCCCUUCCGAGCUUCGCCACCUCUCCAGCUGGCGGCUCCACAGGUGGCUGAAUGGCUGAGUGGAGUUUCACAGCGAUUUCUGGAAAAGCAUAUUGAGGGACUUUGACCUUCGCUGGGGGCCGUACUGGCCGGUGAUUAAGAGGCCAGUGAGCAGGCCGAGUGUCCCACUUGGGGCUGGACCCGCCGGGGUCGGGGCGCCCGGAGGGUGGGCUGUAGUUAACGCUGUGCUUUCCCGUCCAAGUCAGGGCAGCUGCCCCAGGGCUGAGACAUGGCCCCCACCGCCUCCAGGGCCCUACGUGCAGGGGGCCUUCUCGAACCGUCCACCUCAUGGACAGUGCAGAGUGGCUGCGCUGAGCCCAGACGGCAGAGGGAGCUGGCCUCAGGCUGGCGCUCUGUGUCCCCAGAGGGAAAAGCAGGGCUGGUGCCGUGUCUCACCUAUCUCCUGACCCCAGCUGGGCCCUGCGUUCCUUGCUCUGGAACAGGUGGGACUCCACGGGUAACACCACCCUCCCAGCCUGAGGCUGGUGACAGGCACGUGGCGUGGUAUGGCUUAAUUCACCUGUGCGUCCCUCUGGCCCUCCCCCCCCUUGCACACCUGCUGCCCUCUGUCUGGAUGCACUGACCCGUGUGUCACUGUCAGAUAGUCCCAGACGCUGUGCCCGAGACACCAUCGUCCCCUCCCUGUUCUGCUCACUCCUUGAGGACCCCACAAGGGCCGUGUUUUGGGGACGGGGUGGAGCCUGAGCCCAGGGGGCGGGGUCUGCAGCCUGGCCUUAACCCGGCCUCUUGGUCCUUACUGUGAAAGGAAAUCGCGCUCGUGCUCACACCGCGCAUGUGUAAUGAAGAGCUGCACACACGUCCGUGUGUCUGCACCUGGGCAGCCUGCGCCGGGGGCGGGGCGCCGGGAGGCUGGGCGGUGCGGCCACACGAGUACUAGAUUCUCGCCGUGAGGGUUCCUGGACACCGAGAGCUUCACCUCGUGAAGAACCACGGUGUCCUAGCGCUGCGUGGACGGAGGAGCUUGGAGGGGAGACCAGCCCCCGCCCUUGGAGUUCAUAUUUGUCUAAGUCGUUUUUUAAAGAAGCAUGGUGGGGGCGGCUGAAGGGCGGUGCUGCCGUGGGGCACGGGCCGGCAGGGUGGCCAGGGGUCGGUCGAGGUGGCCUCAUCUGCUCAGUCUUUCCCUCAUUAAGCAGACGUCACCGAGUCAGGUCACGUGCCAGCACGGGGUGGACGCCAGACGGGGGCAGCACCCCCCAGCACGGAGCGCGGUGAGGGCCAGGGUCGGCCGUGGCAGUGCUGGACCUCCCGGGCCGCCCUUCAGAGUCCCCUGUGCAGGAGGUGCCCACAUGCCCAGCUGGGCCUCCCCGAAACAGGGCUCGCGAGGACUCCUAGCCUGUGGCCACAAGAGCAGGCGGCGAGGGAGGUGUGGUCCUGGAGGACGGGGUUGGGCCUCCAGAGCUGUUGCGGGCCUGAGCCCUUGCUUUUCCGUGAGUUUCCGAGGUCACACUGAGUCGGGUCCCCAUGGUAAGAACUGAGGCUGCAUCUGCCCUGGUCUAGGGUCCUUUAAAGGAACUUUUGGGAGCAAGAGCCCAGCCUAACGGACUGCUUUGCGGUCCCACACACACCCAUACGUGUGCACACGCGUGCACACGAACGUGGGCAGAAGUGGUGAGUGGGCGCGGAGCGGUGGAGGGAAGCUCUCACCGGGUGCCCACUCGGAGCCCCUCGCGGGGACUCGGAGCUCCGGUGUCUGAGCGCCCGCUCCCGCGCCCGCGCGUCCCGUGGCUGCCACGAGAGGGCGCUGGCGGCGCGCUGUGGCUCCGGGGCGGCAGGGACCUGGGUGCGUCCAGCCCCCGCGCGGCUCAGGGGCGGCUCUGGAAGGCGGGGGCGUGGCCUCGGGGUUGGGGGCGGGGCCGCUCAGGCUGCGUGGCUUCCGACCUCGAACGCGGGCUGCGCCUGCGUCUGUCACCCCUGAUCCAACCCACCCCGACUUGAGGGUGGCCGGCGCCACGGGUCGAGAGAGGCUGCGCGCAGCCCGUGUCCUUGGCGGAAGAGGCAGCAGGGACCGCUGGCUGACCCCGGAAGCCACCCGAGCCCUGUUCCUAUUUCUGCGCUCCCUCUGGGCCUUGCGGAGACACGGCAAACGGCCGCGUGUCCGCUCAGCGCCGGGGCUCCGCGGUGGCUGGGCGGCGCCGCGCCCGGGUCUCCAGCCCCGCCCCCUACGGCCUCCCUCCCCGUCCCGCCGGCCCGGAGGCCGCGAAGGCCGGCAGAGGGGGCCCGUCCCCAGGAGAGGAAGGAGGCUUCUGUGCAGCAGCGGGAAAGCCGCCUCUUCAUCUUGCGUGGGUGGGGACCCAAGGCCUUCCGGGCAAGGCAGAUGCUGCAGACGCCCCGGAAAACGGGUGUUAGCCAGCAGGGGCCGCAGUUGUGAGGGGUCACUCAGGACUGACCCACCUUCGCCCCGGGGGUCGUGUGGCCCCCAGGGCUGCGGGGGGCGCCCCGAAACGUCUCCCUCCACACUCGUCAGGGCUGAGAGGCAAGACCCCCAGGUUCCCUCUGGACGCUGGAGGGCGGGCGGGCAGAUGGCUCAGGAACGAGUAGGCCGGACAUGACCACCGGCUCCCCCGUGAGGCCGGAGGUCACGCUAGCAGGUCCAGUUCCCGAGAACCCCGAGGGCUUGUUCAGGGCCAGCCACCCGCUGCUGGGCCCUGGGAACCUGCAUGUGGACCAGCGUGGCCCAUCUGCCCCGGGGACUCGGGGGCCAGAGAAGCACCGCAGCCCAACCUGGCGGCAGGUGUUUGGGGGCCUCACCCUCUCGGUCAUGGGCCAGGACUCCAGGGUACGUGUCCAGCCGGCCACCUCCGCUCUGUGAAGCCUUCUCUGCCCAACGGCCCUGGCUCCCUCUUGGGAGACAGAAUCCGGGUUCAGGGUGUCCUUUCUCCAGGAAAGCCUGAUGCCCCAAGAAGGGCUGCAUGGGCUUUGAGACUCGGAAGAGAGGACCGCGUCGCUCAGCUGUGUCCGGGGACCCUGGGGGCAGGCCCCACCCGGGGCUCCUGCGGUGGGGACUCUGCGGCCCAGGCACGGAGGAGACGGGCAGGGCGAGCUGACCGCCAGGCCAUGGGCAUUGGGCUUUGGGCCCCAUCGGCAUGUUCACAUGGGGACACCGUUUGGAAAAAUGUGCAGGACUGGGACUUUUUGACCGUCAGUGGUUAAGCUGGCUGUCCACCCACCGUGCACCCCGUCACCCUCCCCGUGGGCGGAGCCGGCGGGCACUCGGGGCCCAGCCAAGGGGGAAGUGGGGUUUGGUGGGAGAUACCCGCAGGGUUCACAGUCACGGACAGCUGGACGGGGACAGCAGUGGCCUGCGGGAGGACCCCUGAGGUCAGAGGUCACGUCUCGUGGGGACCUUGACCCCCCAGUGCCGGAAGCACGCGGCAGCAAAGCUGGCACCGCGGGGGCGGGGGUGGCAGGGAAGCCCACGGCUCACGGACAUCCCAGGCCCUCCCGUGGCUGUGAAGGGCACAAGCCGCAGACACCAGCGUCAGGGGAAACCGGGAGAAAGCAGGGUGAACUCCUCGGUCAAGGACGUGGUCGAGGACGCAGCCAGGAGAGGCUGCGGGUGCUGUCGGAUGAAGUGGUGGAAGCGCCUCGCGGAAUCCUGUGGUUAUUAGUGCAAUUCGCAUGCUUUGAAAAGUUUAACGUUGUGACUUGACGGUGUUGACGUUUUUCUCUAGGUAUGUGUCUGCUACCUCCUUUAGAAUGCAUCACCUUAUUUUUUUUCCCUUGCGGGAGGGUCCCCAUCACCGUCAGUUUAUAUAAGAUUCAGGCCGCAGGCCCAGCCCACCCAGGCCCGCCAGGGGCUCUGCCCGAGGACCUCUGGUCACAGACGGGAACGUGUCCCUGCGCCCCCUCUGCUCUCUGCUUCCUCCCGGGGGGCGUGGGGCUCCCGUGAAUGCAAACCCAGCUUUCCUCCGAGAGCAGAUGUAGGAAUACGUUAAUCGUUAAUACGCCUCGGCCACCUGAAAAGGCCACUGCCCCCCGGGGAAUCUCGUGGGCAUGGCUGGAGGCUUUGAGGGGGAGGGGGGCAGCCGGGAGAGGGAGGUGCGGCGUGAGUGUAGCCCAAGGGCUUGGGCCGUCCGCGGCGGGCAGCUCGGCCUGGCGAUGGUUAGCAAGUCCGGGAAGCAGGUUCCCCAGAGUGGCAACAAGUCCCCGAAGACGGCCAGCUCCCUCCCUCAUCUGUCCUUGUACGAGGCCUGUCCCGGGACAGCAGGGCGGGGGCACCUGGGUCUACCUGAGAGGUUCUGGUCCACACACCUGCCCCUGCUGCUGCUGUGUGGACGGGGGCGCAGACAUGGGGGCCACAUCUAACCCCCAACUGGUUAUGGAGUCUUCGAGGGCGGGGCUUUGCCCCAUGUACGGAGCAGCCCGGUGCUCCCACAGGGCGCAGCGUCGUGCAGUGGGCUUCCCAGGGGUGGCCCCGUGACUGAGUGAGCGAGUGGACAUGGGCGACACGCCUGGUGCAGGUGCCCAGGGCGCCCAGGGGGCGGUGCCGGCUCCCUCUGGGCCCCACGAGCCCUGCCUCCGGCCCAGCCCGGGCCUCCCCCCGGAGGGAGGGUGUGGGCAGCUGCCCGCGUGCCUGGACCGCGGGACCCCUGGAAGCUGGACAGCGUGCUGGCGCCCCACAGGGACGCCACGGUGAGCCUGAGACCCCACGUCUGCCUCCUCCGCAAAUGAAGUGUUUUCUGUUUCUGCCAACAGCGCAGAGUCAGAGAGCUGUCCUGUGCUCUGUCCUGAGGCUGGCCAGCGGCCACUCUGAGGGCUGGGAUGCCAGCGGCCACGACGAUGUGUUGGCACAGCCCUGGCCGGCCCCCAGGAGCCCUGCCCUUGGCCGGUGGCAGCUCUCCCCCAUCCUCCUCAUGCCCCUGUCACUGUCUGUCAGGGUGUGGCCCGCUGUUCCAACCAUGAGGCUCGUGGUGGCCCAGGCCUGGGCGACCAGUGACUGUCUCAAGGGACGUCCUCAGCGGGCGUCCAGCGCGGCAGGCAGCGUCUCCCGGGUGCUGUUCUCACCGCAGGAGGACACGGGGCUGUGGGGGGACAGGGGACGUGGAGCAGGGAGAACUGGUCACACGCACGGGAGAGAGGUGGGGCACUGUACCCGCCACAGCCGCCGCCACCUGCUUCUCCCCAAAGAACAGCCAAGCGGGGGCGGUGGGCGCGUGGGCCCAGGGGACGAACAGAGACACGAUCGGAUGGUCACACGGAGCCUGGCCCAGGGCCCAGUGCCUAGAGCAGCGGCCACUGUCCCUCAGGGCAGAGCCCAUCUCACACGGCCGGGCACCAUGGGAGCAUGGCGGGCGGCUCCUCUGGCCUCGCAGCCCUCAGGGCUGUGACCUGUCCCUGGCUCUCUGGGCACCCGUGUCCCCCAGCUCCCUCUUCUACGCCGAAAUAGACGCAGGAGCUGACAGUGGUCCUGCCCAGCUGCUGCGGUCUGCGCCUGUCCUGUGGAGAAACUCGGUUACUGCUGUCCUGCUGUAUUGCGGCUUCGAAUCCGCCCCAAAGGCCUCGUCCCACUGACGGGGUUCCUAAGCUUGGCAAGCAGGGGAGGGGCAGUUUGAGAGCGGAGCUCGCCACAGUCGCAUCCACCUGCUUUCGGGCCAGCCCUUUAAGCCCUCGGGGGGCGACGGUGCAGUGGCAGUCUCAGGUUGUCACCACGAGGGGGCUGGGCGUCCUAGGAUUACGCAGCGCGCAGACGGGUCCUGUUCCGCGAACACAUCCCUCACACCCGCAGGAUCUGCCGACACGCCGGCGGGCACUCCCAGGUGAGGACCGUGCGUGCGCUGAGCCUGGGCCCCCACCCUGCUCCCCGCCACGUCACGCGGGAUCGCCCCUGCUGCUUUAACGCCCCUCUUCGCAGGAACGCGAAAGUCACGUGAGUCAAGGGAAGCGGAAACUGAUUUGUUUGUCACGUUAGGGAGUUUUCACCAUUUUAGAAGAUUCUGCCUCCACUGGCUACGCUGCUCACGAUAUCUGAGCUGUGAAUACGAAACACUUCUGUGCUCUGCUGCUUCCGUAGCUGCCACGUUCGUGCAGGUGUCACACACAAUAGGUCCACUUAGCCCUUCUGUUUAAGUCGUCUGCCAUCUCUCUGCUGAUCCGUCUAUCGUGGAUCUAAUUGUGUGGUUGAUGGUGUGUGAUUCCUCCACGCAGCGCCCCUCCCACCCCCAGCGCUGGCCCCUCGGGUCCCCGGGGAGCCGUGUCCCGGCGGCUGGGACUCGGGGAGCAGCCCACGGCUCCUGCAUCGCGCGGCUGCCCCCCUCCUGUCGUGGGCACCUAGAAGGCACACUCGGGAGGUGGGUGCCCUGGAGGGGUGCAGAGUGCCCAGCCCGAGACACUGGCGGCCACUGUGGAGCGGAGGCCGUCCUUUGGGCUGGGACCAGCGUGUCCCAUCCUUCCUGGAGGUGCUGGCUGUGCCUGGGCGUUGACCCGGACCCACUGCGACCCACUCCCUGAGCUGUGCACAAAAUCUCUGCCAGGGUCCUCAGCUUUUCGCUUCGUCUUUGGGUGUUAUCGCUUUCAUUUCCGCGUGUAGAAAAGAUCUAAACCAUUCUGAUCUAAAUCAGAAUGCACAUCUUCCGCGCAGCUCUGGGAUUCCUCUUGCCCGGAGCGUGGCAGCCCUUGCGGGGUCUUCCCACCCGGGCAACCCCCUCUCCCGCUCAUCUUCCUCCCUCCCCGACAGGGCCAGGCCAGGGCCAGGCCUCACGGACCAGGCUCCCGGAGGCUGGGGUCACGCCCUCUGUGAGACCGGUGACGAGACCCUGGUCCUCUCUCGGGGACGCCCGCGUGUUCCCUGCUGCGGAGCUACAGUCUCUUCCUGCUGGGACACGGGUGGCCACACCGCACUAAGCAGCUGAUGCCUCCACGCCCACCUGCCCGCCGGGCCCUGCACCGGGCAGCUCCCUCCUGAGCACCGUCCUCUCUGGGCACGUGCCAAACCCUCGGAGCAAUGGGGUGAUGUGGGGAGAGCCACGUGGACGGUCCACCCUUGUGGACGGCCCUCCGCAGCCUGGCGGGCCUGUAGCAAUGCUCAGAUGCUCUGAGAAGCAGCGGAAAGUCCGUUACUGCACUGACACCCGCUCAGCCGCUGGCGGCGACGGGGCUGCGCCUGUCCCAGGAGGGAUGUGGGGACAGCCAGGACCACAGCCAGGAACGACGACGGGGUGUGUUUCCCACGUUCGCAGCUGCCGGGCUUCAGGGGGAUAAAGCUGCCCCGCUCUCCUCUCCAAGUCCGCAGGGCCCCCCAGUUCUGUCCGCAGGCCCCAGGGUUGAGGGCCGGGGUCCCCCCUCGAGUCUGCAUCAUGCUCGGCCCCCUGACAUGGGAUCGAACAGGUCCUCGUGAGGGGGAAUAAGGACACACAGUCACCUGCUCUUUGCGGGGUGCGUGCACCCGGCACCCCAUUACACCCCAUCUGUGCCGAACGAGGGGACAGGUUCCCUGUCCCUCCUGCCGGCAGCCGGCCAGCCCCUGGGACCCACCCGUGGGCCCUGCCCAAGUCCUCUUCCCCAAAGGCGGCUCCUCAGAUGCACCUGCCUCCCCCAGCCUCCUGCUGCCUCAGUGAUCUGUCCAGACGUGGGCCGGCUUUACAGGCUUCAAAUUCAGCGUGUUUAUUUUCACAGCACAUGCAUUAUAGGCAAUGCCAGGAAGCACAUUUUAAGGGAGAAAAGCCCGCGUCCACCUCUCCUUCACCUGAAUUUUCUGGGGGCUGGACGGCCUCGCUCCGCUUGCCUCGCUCACUUGGGCUCCAAGCCCCAGGCUCUGCAGUGUCGCAGCCACGUGCCUCUGGCCUGGGCCACGCCCACGAUUGCCCAGUAACUUUGCAUCAGCUCCUUGAAAAAAGAAGUGAUGACACACAGUUGGAAAGAUUCUAAUGCAAAAGUGGCAUCUCUAAGGUCCUGCGAAGCCCAGGUCGCGGCCAUACCCGCCGUCUCCGUACGCACCGGCUCAGGAGGGGUGAGCCCGGCCCCCAGCAGCGCCAGCCCAGGCGCCCCAGGGGCUCCCCGCGGAGUGCCCCUGCAGCUUAGGGGGCAGAGGCCCCUGGCUGCGCCUGGUGGGGCUGGGGUCCCGCUUUGUGCUUCACAGGGCCCUCGGCCUCCUCCGGGCCCUUGGCAAGGAGCACCAGGGCUUCUCCCAACAGUGGAAUCCAGCUCUUGCUUUCCUCAAGGGCCAGCAGUAGGGUGAACAGUUUGGGAGGAAGACCAAAGACAGGGGAAGGGCAGGCGCGGAGGGAACCCGAGGCGGAAACAGCAGCCCGGCCAUGGGGACUAGAGUGUGGGCUGCGGGCGCCCGGCCCUGCAUCCCCUCCCCCUCAGCCAUGCACGUCCUGGGCUGAGCACGGGCCCUGGGAGCAGCCCCCCUCUCAUCCUGUGGACAGAGCGAGAGGGAGACCCCGAGACCAGGGACAGAAGGGGCCCUGGAGCGUCACCUCAGUCAUCCCAGGACGGGCUGCAGCUCCAAACAGAGCAAUCUGGCCCCUCCCCUGCGUUUCUACCCCUCCCCUGUGUGUUUCCAUCCCCUGCCCCAUGUUUAUCCCCCAUGGCAGGAGCUCCAUUAGCCUCCCAUGACCGGUGUCUCCCAAGGAAAGACAAGCCACUUAACUGUUGUCAAAUGCGGUAGGAGACGCUGGGGGUGCCCACCCUGCCCCUCCCGUCCCGAGCUCCCUGCGGGGUGGGCGGCCUGAGCUAGGCCAGGGCUGCCUUGAGGAAAGUCUGACAGAGAAGCUCAGCUCAGGAACCUGCCUGCCGGGACAGACAGCCUGGUGCAGGACAGAGCCCCCAUCGAGAUCCCCCCCAUCGGCUCAGAGCUUGAGCUGGUGAGGGCCAACGUCGGCAGGUCACCUCGAUCCCCAAACCCACAGCCUGAUGCUUCAACGGCCCCGAGGGUCGCCCACACUUCUUCUAACUCAGUCGGGUCUCUGGCACCUGCAACCAGGAGUCCAGCCUCCACAUGGCCAGCCAGUGCACACAGCCCAGAGCAGGGGCGUCUGUGCAAGUGCAGUGCAGUCCCACAGCUCAGAGACCCCCUGUGUGUGCCACACCCCUAGGAACUUGGAACCCAGCCGGAGGGGCUGGUGGUGCCCACACUCCACAAACCACCCAGGGCCAGACAACACUGAGAAGAGCGACAGUGUUCUCAACAGCGCUGCGAAUCCUGAGGAAGGGCUGGCAGUGACCCCGAGCGCCGGGAAGCCCCCCAGGAGGUGUGGCCGGGAGGGGCGAGCCCGGGGCGAGGGGCAGCGGGGCAGCAGUUCCCCUCUUUGGGGCACCGAUGGGGACGGCAGUGCCGAGCGCGUCCUGGAGCAGGUGCGUGAGCCCGCCGUUCCUGUUGGGACGUGGCCUCUGUCUGCCGACAGCACCCCCAGGAUGUCUGCGAGGGCCGCCAGGCUCCGGUUGCUGCACGAAGUCUCCCUCAGGGCUGAUCCCAUCGCUCCAGACACCUUGGCAAAGUGCAGAGACCCCGCCACACACAGGAUUUACGUGAAUUCAAGAUGAAUCAGAAAAGCAAAAUGUAGGCUUCUCGGGAAGAGCAGGUGGAGGAGACCCUGCGUCCCCUUGGUGUCCCCCUCUGACACCCACGCAGCGCCAGCAGGGGAAGCUUUUAGGGGAACCGGGCUCCUCGCCCCGCAGGUCGCCCGCAGGGAGCAGUGUUUGGAUUGACACACAGGGUCUCGGUGCUGAGACGGCACCAGGAGGAUGGGGCUGGAGCUUUGAGGGCAUCUGGGAGGGGACAGCGGGCCUGGGACCCCCGUCCGCUCACGGUCAGGACCCCUGGUCCCCAGGCCACCCAGGGGAACGCUUCCCGCUCUCACCCGCGCGCUCGCUGCCCGCCAGGCCCACGAGCCGCAGCUUGGCGCGCACAAGCUCCCCGUGGCCGGCGGGGCCCAGGGACCCCCGCCCGAGUCCUUGGGUCCUCGGCGACACAGAAGCGGUUCUGCAGGACGUGCUCGGGCUCCUCCCGGUGGCCGGCAACCGGGGUGCGGGGCAGAGGAGUUCCGUGGGCAGUGACCGACUUGACCGCGGGUCUGCUGCCGGGGAGUGACAAGUGACAGGAGAUGGUCCCCAAGCUCCCCUCAGCCUGCCACCCGCUGAGGCCCCUCCAGCUCCGUCCCAGAGGCCAACACCUCGCACAGAGCAAGACCCUGGUUGGCUUCAUCCCUUCCUCUUAAAGGCUGACAGGAAAGGGGCCCAGUGACCCUGAGGGGAUCCUCUGGGUAAAAUAGGAAAGAACAGGCAGGAGAGAGCAUUUUUCACUGUUGAAAGCUGAACUAGUGCCUAAGUAGUUCCAAGAAAAUGAGCUAAGGUUCGUUAGAAAGACUUGGUAAUGACAUUAAUUAAAAUCCCAGCGGAAAAAUCUAUUACCUUAUAGAAACAAAUUCUACAAUUUCUGUUUUAAUAAUACACCACAAAACUUCUGAGAAAGUCUUCUUCAUGUUGAUGUACAUAUCAGUUUCAUUGUGUGUUAUUCCUAAACAGACUUUUUUAAAAGAUUUUUUACACAAACCCUAAAUAGUGUAUCCCUAUGUAGAAAGCAAAGAAAACACACGUUUAGAAAGAACAUGAAAGCGGCUCUGGGCCCACUGCCUGGGGGCGCCCAGCCUUUUCAUCUGUGGACCAGACGUGUGGGCACCAACAGCCAGGGCUCCCUCAGCAGCACUGUCCGCCCGGCGCUCCCUGGGGGCAAGGUCGGUCCUAGGACUGGUUAGUGCGGGUCCGGCUGGUGGGCAGUUAGUAAUCCGGGCAUCGCCUUCCCCUCUCUGCCCCCUUGCCUGGGCCAUGAGUUUCAAGUGACCUCGAGACAAGAUGGGUCAGGAACGUAGCCCACACUGGCCUGAGACUGGGGUGAGGAUGCCCUUUCUAGGGUGAACCCCCUGGGCCCUGGGCUUCUUUGUUACCGAGUGUAGGCCCUAGACCAGUAGCUCUCCACGGCGGCUCUGGGCCCGUGAGCUUGGAGAAGUGCACAUCCCUCGGCCUCGCCCCAGCCCUGGGGCUGCGAUCACGGUGUGGGGUGAGGGGGUGUCUGUGUUUCCACAAACCCCGCAGGUGACCCCGUGUGCGCUCCCCUAGACUUACCGACCGAUGAUGACCUACAGACCUGGCGACACGUGCAUGAUUGUCUUACACAGCUGGAAUCACUUUAUAUACUGGUGUGUAACUUUCUAAGCCCAAAUCACAAUUACAGCGUCAUUCAUGCUGAAUGCAUCACAUUCCAAGGUAAAAAUAUGCCAUUUCCUUCUUAUUUAACAAAGCGCCCUCCUUCCUCCCACCCCACACCCCCUUUCUUCUCAGCCUGGGGUCCCUGUGGCUCUUGGGUUUGGGUUCCAGACCCUCCGAAUAUGUGGCUACAGUUCCUCCCCAGGGCUCUGUGCGAUGCCCAGAGCCUACAGGUGCGCGGAUUCUGUCCUUCGCAUGUGGCUUUCGCACGUCUGCGUCCGGGCGCAGACGGCCGCUCGCCACUGCUGCGGGGGAAGCGGCUGUGGUAGAGGCACCGCGGUCAGCAGGUGAGAUCUGGAGAAGUCGGCAGGCGCUGCGGUGGCCGCCUAUGCGGCCGAGCUGCGGACCCCGCCACGAGCGUCACGAGCCCCACGGCACUGCGGGCGGACCCCGAGGGUGCCCAGAGCACACGAACGUCCCCGAGGGACCGGGGAGGCCGCCCGCACGUCAACCUCUAACUCUCCGUACAGAGACCUCGCAUACAAGCUAAGCGUACCCAGCUCAAGAAGGCAGCACAUCGUAGACAAAAUUAAACAUCAUAAAUCAGAUUUUUACUGUUAUGAGGCCUGACUGCCUUACUGUGCCUCUAACUGCUUCACCCUGAAAUAAUCAGCUGUUUUGGAACCAAAUGGAGGUUCCCAGCCUUUUCAACAUCAAGUGUUCUUUCAGGUACGGCACCCUCAAGAGCCUCAAGACUUUAAAAUACUCUGUGUAUCAAAUCAAACUUAUGAAAGAAAAAUUUAAUUUACUCUCCUAUUUUAAUUCAUGAGAUAUGACAGCUAAGUAGAACUUUUGAUCUGCAGGAGACAAUAUUUUGAUCAUGUUGUCUAUUAAUCAAAAGCUGACAGUUUUGGAUAACUUGUGUAAACUUACCGUGAUUUCCUUUAGGCUUUUUCAAGUGUUAGAAAUAGCUUGCAGACCCUUCCCUCGAUAACUUCGAGACCACAGGACGUGGGCAGCAUGAUGCUGACCCUUUAUCCCUUCUCCUCCCUGUGUGGUCAGUCAGGUGACCCCCCCGCUUGGAGCAAAGCUGAUUCACGAACAUGGGUUUAAGAAUGCAGAGCUCUGGGGCUUCCCUGGUGGCGCAGUGGUUGAGA